UAUGGUAUCCAGAUCUAUUCUAUCUAGAUCUAUCUGGUCUCUGGAUUUAUUCUAUCUGGAUCUAUCUGGUAUCUGGAUCUAUUCUAUCUGGAUCUAUCUGGUAUGUGGAUCUAUUCUAUCUGGAUCUAUUUGGUAUCUGGAUCUAUUCUAUAUGGAUCUAUCCUAUCCAGAUCUUUUAUGCUCUAUCGCUUUAAAUAAAGAGCCGCUGCGCUCUGUGCGGGUGUGUGCGCUGUGCGGGUGUGUGCGCGUGCGUGUGGAGGAGAAAUUGCAGGACCGAAAGGCCGUGCUGUUAUGGAGGACUAGACCAGGGCUUUAGCUUCGUGCUGAAGGUAUCUCCAGAGGGGGGUAGAUCAGCAGACAUCCCCCGCCUCACACACACACACACACACACUCACGCACAUUUGGGCUGAUUCUGAUUCCGGAUCAUCGUGAGUCUAUGGGCUCGGCGGGCGCAUCUCCGGCUCACUGAUAGGACACCGGACCCGACUGCCUCCUGAUCGCUCAUUCUGUCGCCCUUCCUGCGCCGCAGCGGGAGAACGGAGCCAGAGGCGGAUUUCAGCUGAUCAUGGAUUAAAAUUCGACUGGAUUUUCAUCUGAAGGUUCCCAAUGUUGAACAUGUCCACCCCCAGUGAGCUGAAGUCUCCCUGCGUGACUCGAAAUGGUCUGGUGAAGCUGCCCCCUACCCAGCCCAAUGGCCUGGGCAGUGCAAGCAUCACCAAGGGGACACCUGCUGCUAAGAACCGCAUUUGUCAGUCAUCCUCCGUUCCCUCUAUCUUGCCACCACCUCCAUCCUCCCUUCCCUACCAUAACCAUCACCACCAUUUGGAUGGGCCCGGCCUGCCUCUUGCUGCUGCACCUCUAUUGACCUCUGACCUGGAGCCUGGCAAGCCUCUGGUGGGCCUGAAGCCGUCUUUUCGUCAACUUCCCCCUCUCACUCUACCCAAACCCAUUCUGCUGGAGCGUCAGCUUGUUCUGGAUGAGAAGCUACUUAACCGGCUACUCUGGUACUUCACUACAGCUGAAAAAUGUGUCCUGGCUCAAGUAUGCAAGACAUGGCGCAAGGUGCUCUACCAGCCAAAGUUCUGGGAGGGGGUAACACCCAUCCUUCAUGCCACGGAGUUGUACAACAUUCUGCCCAACGGGGAGAAGGAGUUUGUGAGUCUGCAGGCCUUUGCGUUGCGUGGAUUCCAGUCUUUCUGUUUAGUAGGAGUGUCAGACCUCGACAUUUGUGAGUUCAUUGAUAAUUACCCGCUGUCCAAGAAGAGUGUUCGCUCUCUCAGCCUGAAGAGGUCCACUAUCACAGAUGCUGGUUUGGAGGUCAUGUUGGAGCAGAUGCAAGGCCUGAUGCACCUUGAGCUGUCGGGCUGCAAUGACUUCACAGAAGCGGGCCUGUGGUCCAGUCUCAAUGCUAGACUAACCUCUCUCAGCGUCAGUGACUGCAUCAAUGUGGCUGAUGACGCCAUAGCUGCUAUCUCACAGCUCCUGCCAAACCUAUCAGAGCUGAGCUUGCAAGCCUAUCACGUCACUGACACAGCAAUGGCCUACUUUACAGCCAAACAGGGCUACACCACCCACACUCUCCGGCUUCACUCUUGCUGGGAAAUCACCAAUCACGGAGUGGUAAACAUGGUCCACAGCCUUCCCAACCUGACUGCCCUUAGCCUCUCGGGCUGCUCAAAGAUCACCGAUGAUGGUGUUGAGCUGGUUGCAGAAAACCUUCGUAAGCUCCGCAGCCUGGAUUUAUCCUGGUGCCCUCGGAUAACUGACAUGGCCCUGGAGUACAUCGCCUGUGAUCUGCACAAACUGGAGGAGCUGGUGCUGGACAGGUGUGUGCGAGUCACUGACACAGGACUGGGUUACCUGUCCACCAUGGCAUCACUGAGGAGCCUUUACUUGCGCUGGUGCUGCCAGGUGCAAGAUUUUGGACUGCAGCAUUUGUUUGGGAUGAGAAGUCUUCGUCUGUUGUCUCUCGCAGGGUGUCCUCUGCUGACCACCACUGGUCUUUCAGGCCUCAUCCAGCUACAGGAGCUGGAGGAACUGGAGCUGACCAACUGUCCUGGAGCCACAGCUGAGCUCUUCAAAUACUACUCCCAGCACCUGCCCCACUGCAUGGUCAUCGAAUAGGGCAGCCCGGACCACCAUACUCCAACCUUCCUCCUCUUAACCCUUCCUCACACCUUUCUUCAUCUCCGCCAGGACACUGAACUGUUCCAACACUCAUCGCCUGACCCCUCUCUUCCCUACACCCAUCCGGACGGAUUCACCCACAGUCAGACCGAGAGGCAGGAAGACAGGCGGAGGGACAUGCCUGACCCAGAGAGAAGAAGGUGGAGUGAUUGAUGUGACGUCUUGUCUGACAGCAAGUUCCCUUUCCACAAUCAACAGGGUUUGAAUUCCCAGUGAGGGACUCUCUGAAGACUGCUGGAUUUUUUUAAACUGAAGGGAGACGGUGCAGAUCCAGAUGCAGACUAGAAGGAAGAGGAAAGACUUGUUAAAGACCUGUUUUAGCUGUUGAGACUCACACAUCGCAGUCCAACACGCCCACAAAUGUAGAAUAUGUGGAGAAUGAUGUGACCGACCGACUUUCAUCUUCUGUGUAAUGUAACCGCAGUUCCACUCUUUUUUCUCAGAAGCUAUCAAAGAUUUAGUUUGAUCAGAUGAAGAUGCGACACACCUGCUGAGGAAGCAGGACGGACCACUCCCAUCUCGUUUCUCCCCUUCCAAGGUGUGUGUCAUAGACCCAGUUUCCCAUGUUUCUGUUUUAUUAGAAAUCAAAAGGAAAAAAGAAUUGAAGAACAACUGUUUACAUUGGCAACUUUGGCGAGUUUCCACGCUGUUUGAUAAUUGCUUCCGUUUGUGGCUUUUAAUUUUUCUACACGUUUAUUUUCCAGCUGGGAGGGCCGUUGCACACGGGGACAUGAGGCGAGACUGUCAGCUCAGUGAGAUGCAAAAAGCAUUUAACCGGCUCCUUUGGGCUCAGACAACCAUCCUGACACGAUUCCAUCACAGACAGAGCGCGUGUGGAUAAACAGCGGGUGUUAGUGCAGAUGGGUUUAAACCCAGCCAGGACAUCCAACUUUAGACUUUUUAAAUUCAUCCAUAUUUUUAUGACGGUAAAACAGUGUUUAGUGCAUUUGAACUUGUGUGGCCAUGAUGCUUCUGAAGCACUAUGAUGAAGCCCGAGGCUGAGUGGUUCCAGUAUUUAUUGUUAAGGCAAUUCCUCGUAACCAUGACAACAAGUCCAUUUAGGAUCAACAACCAUUUAUUUCACUGUCAGAGCAAAUAAUAUUUGAAAUCUUAUUAAAAUGAGUUCAUGUGAAAUAAACCGAUGUUCAUUUCCAUCUCUGAACUUGUUUAUUAUAAUGAAAUUUAGACUCCUGUGAUCGGGGAACGCCUGGCUGGACGCUAGUACCCAUCUACGGGGAAAAACCCCAAAUCAGACACCGGCUUGGCCAGCGGUCUGCUGCUGCAGUGUCUGAAGGCUAACGGAGGUUGUGCCGUGGGUUUUGGUGUUAGGAGAAGCAGAUGGGUCGCCGGUGAGCGUGUUGCCUUGUCGGUCCUCAGAUGUGUGGCGGUGGGAGGAAGUGGACCAGAACCUGCCAGUAUUAGGUUGUGCCAAAUGCAUCAACAGCAGCAACUCAACAGUGAUUAAACAGACUGAAUGCUGUACGGACAAAACGGACCCGCAUGUUUCUACCUGGUCUGUGUUUAUGCUUCAUUAGAACUCAUCAUGGAUGUUCAGAAUUUCUUCAGUGUACAGAAGUUUGUUUGUUUAUUUAUUUAUUUAUUUAUUUAUUUAUUUAAGUUAUCUCACGUGCACACAGUUUAUAUAUUGGAGAGAAAUGUGUUGUUUUAGUUUGGGGGACAAUGAGCUUCUUCAUUCACUGUUUUUAAUUUCUAUCAUUAUUAUCAAUAAUAAUAAUAUCUUUUGUAAUUGUAUUAUUUAUGGUGUGACAUUUCUGCCCCUCAGUCUAAUGAUCUACUAAACUCUUGGACACCAGUGAUCAUUCACAUCAUUACCAGUGACUUCAAGUUUUUGAAUAUUCAUAAAACAACGAAGUAUAUUUUCCUCUGUGAACGUCCGUGUCAACUUUGUAUUGCUGUUUAGCUCUUUUGGAAAAGAAGAGGACGCUCAGCAGUGAUGUUGUAUUUACUUUCAUUGUGCUGAAUUUUGCAGCAGUGUGAUGUUCAUAAAACCUAUAACAACGUCUGACAUCAACUUUUGUCAUGGCUGAGCGAUGUUUACACUAACCGUUUAAAAGGGGCAAAAUUCCCCGAGGAUUCUCUGGAAGCUCAUUACUGACAAAACUACUGGACCUGAAACCUAAAAAAGAUCUGAGCGCCAGGAGGGCCUGCUUCAGAAGACUUUUUGUUAAGGAAGUCCAAAACCCGGCAAAGCAAAACUCAAACAUAAAAGUGGACCAGUAAGGUUCUGGUGCAGUUUCAGACCAGUAAGGUCCCUGUCUGGUUUUAGACCAGUCACAUCCCAGUCGAGUUCAAUACCAGUCCGGUCUUGAUAAUAUCCAGUAACAUCCACUCACUUUUGGUUAUUCACAGGUUUUCGAUUUAUGAAAAAAAUAAAUAAAUAAAAUUAAAAGUUCCUCCUGAAUUCAUUGUCCCUAUCUCACGUUCUACCCUAAACAACUGCUUGUGUUCUCUCUCUCUCUGUCGGUUUUUCUGUUUGUGAUGAGCUUCCCGCAGAUCCACGUAUCCGUUUACAUAUCAUGAGCUGUCAUGUCUUACCUUCCUAUGGCGCAUCAGUCCUGCUCACAUCUAUCAGAGACUUUCUAUACCUGUCUGCUGGUCCUCUCUCACCAUUUUGUUAUAACCCUUGUACAGCACAACUUUAAGUAAGCAGUAAAAUAAAUUCUGACAGUUUACUGAUAAUGUUGAAAACAACAGAA